AUGGAAAAGAAUUCUCAAGAGAGCCCCAAGGUCUGUCACUUUUUAGAUGCAGAAGCAUCUAAGACAAGAAAGAAGAUCUGCAAAAGAUACAAGAUCUGUGGAUUGCUCUUCUGCGUUCUGGUGAUUUUUCUUAUUCUGAUAUUUUUUGGUGUCAAAUAUUUCUGGAACCCGUCACCUAAAAAAAUAUACGAUAUGGAGCACACAUUCUUUAGCCAUGGGGAGAAAAAGAAGAUUUUGAUGGAAAUAGAUCCUCUAACCAGAACAGAGACAUUCAGAUCUGGAAAUGGCAGAGAGGAAAUUUUAGAAAUACAUGACUUUAAAAAUGGAAUAACCGGCAUCUUUUUUGGAGGACUUCAAAAAUGCUUCAUCAAAACUCAGAUUAAAGUAAUACCUGAAACUACGGAGGCUGAAAUACAGGAACCUGAGGAAGCUGAAGUGAUGACUACCUACUUUGAACAAUCCAUGGUCUGGAUUCCAGAGGAAAAACCUAUUGACAACAAAGAAUUCCUAAAGAGCUCCAAAAUUUUUGACAUCUGUAAAAAUGUGACCAUACACUGGAUCCACCCAACUCUGAUCACAGCUCCUGAGCUGCAUGACUUUGAAGAUGGAGGGGAAGAUGAUGUCCACUUCCUUGUGACCAAACGAGAUGGGGCUGAAAGACAGAAUGAGCACCAUGUGGAUAAGGAUGCGAGGCCAGGAACCAAACGCCGGGCCCGGCAGCUAACUGAAGAGGAUCUUCCCGUAAAUGACUAUACGGAGAACGGACUCGAGUUCCACCCCUUGUGGGAUGAACGAGGCUACUGCUGUGCUCAGUGUCGCCGUGCCAACCGAUACUGCCAGCGGGUGUGCGAGCCUCUGCUGGGCUAUUACCCGUAUCCCUACUGCUACCAGGGAGGAAGGGUUAUCUGCAGAAUCAUCAUGCCAUGCAACUGGUGGGUGGCACGCAUGUUAGGGAGAGUGUAG